AUGGAUGCAGAUGGUGAUUUUGACCUGGAACUUAAGCGAAUAAUGGAUCGUCGUGAACAGGAGACUUUGUAUUUCAAUAUUUACGGCCGCAUCGAAGUGCAUGAGUGGCUGAUGAAGGAUGUUGUGCGAGUUAAGGCUUUUCGCGAGGCUAUUCUUCACAACGAGUCCUUCAAGAACAAGACCGUCUUGGAUGUGGGCUGUGGCAUGGGCAUGCUUUCGAUAUUUGCAGCCAAGGCGGGCGCCAAAAAGGUCCUGGCUGUGGAUGCGGCCAGCAUCACGGAUUUUGCAGAACGGAUUGCCAAGGAUAAUGGAUACGGCGGUGUCAUAACUGUGAUCAGGGGAAAAGUGGAGGAUAUUGAACUGUCAAGCGAUAUCGAUAAGGUGGACAUUAUUGUGUGCGACUGGAUUGGCCACUGCCUGUUUUCUGAGAAUAUGCUGGACUCAGUGAUAUUUGCGCGGGACAAGUGGCUAUCCGCCGGCGGUCACAUUUAUCCGGACACGGCGCAGCUCUAUCUGGCGGCCAUCCGGGGAAGGGACCAGGAUCUCGGCUUCUGGCACGAUGUCCACGGCUUCGACCUGUCGGCCAUUCGUCGUCGCUGCGAGUCCAAGGCGGUGCUGGAGCACGUGACCGGCGGCCAGGUGAUGAGCAAGGUGUGCCUGGUCAAAUCGCUGGACCUCUACACGGUGCAGCGGCAGUCCGCCAACUUUCGCUCCUUCUACGAACUGAAGGUCACGCGAAACGGGUGGGUUCAUGCCCUGGUGGCAUACUUCGAUGUGGGAUUCAGCAAGACGGCGCAAAGGAUCAGCUUCAGCACAUCGCCCUGUGCUCCGUGGACCCAUUGGAAUCAGACGGUCUUCUAUCUGGAGACCCCACUCCCCGUGAACGCGGGUGAAACCAUCAAGGGCGUGUUCGGGAUGAAAGCCAGCGAGGAGAGCAUCUUCGACCUGCAGUUCGACAUCUAUGUGGACUUCGAGGGCAGGCAGAAGUCGGUCACCAGCCAGCAAUCCUUCGUUCUCUCCAACUCCCUGGCACUGGGCGGAGUCUAGGUGGCACACAAAAAAAUAUCAUCGGAUCACAAUAAAAUGAACGAGCAGUGAAAUAAAGUAAAAGCCAGCCACAUUGCCUGUGUGCAAUAUUUA